AUGGAGACUGAUCAUAGCAGAAAUUUACCCGAUUUAUCUAAUAUAAAUCAAACUCAACUUUAUAAUUCUUCAAGUCCUUCCGUUUUAAGCAGAAUCAUAAACGAAAAUCCUGAUUUAUUUGAUAAAUCAGAAGAAAAAGUAAAACACUAUUUAGGCAAACGCUUCAAUGUUAUUCCAUGCGAUUUUAGAAGAUAAUAAAAAAUUCGUUGAAUUUUUGCUGUCCAAAGGUGUAAAUCCAAAUAUUACAAAUAAAAUUGGAGAAACUCCUUUGCAUCAUGCUGCAGAUAAUUCAUUACUGGAAAUUGCAAGUCUUCUGAUACGUUAUGGCGCCAAUCCAAAUAGUGUAACUAUUGAAGGCGAAAUCCCUUUGCAUAAUGCUGCAUUUCGAGGAGAUAAAUACAUGGUCGAAUUAUUGCUGUCAAAUAAUUCUGAGCCCAAUAAAAAAAAUAAUUUUCUUGGUAGAACUCCUCUCCAUUAUGCAGCUGAAUACAAUUCUAUUGACUGCAUAAGUUUGCUAUUAAAAUACUUUGCUGAUAAAUGCAUCAGAGAUAAUGAUGGAAAUCUAGCUUAUGACUUAGCUUCGGAGCCUGAGGCAAAAGAGUUAUUGAAAUUGCAAUCACACCAUGUAAAAAUAAAUUCAAUAACUGAGACCGAUUUUUCGUCAAUUUUAAAAGACUCGCCUUGCCUUUUUGAGCCGAAGCUUGAAAAUGAGCUAGAUUCUGAAGCAGAAGGAUCAAUUUCUGCAAAUAAAGUGUAUGAACUCCUAAACCCCCCCUCAGUGAGUGAACAAAACCAUUAGAAAAAUCCCUAUUUUUUGCCCAAAAACCCCCUCCGUGAGUGAACAAAAAUUUUUUUAAUAGAAAAAUUUUUUUAUGGAAAAAAUUUUUGAUAUAUAAGUGAUAAUUAGUAUAAUGAAAUCUAAAGCUAAUUCUGUUUAAUUUCAAACGAAUUGCUUUUUAAAAACAUAAAUUUUAUAAAUUAAAUUAAUAUUUGCUUUCAAAUUUUUGCGAAUUAGGAUUUUUUAAAUUUCGAAAAAAAAAAUUUUUUAUAAAAUUUAUAUAUAAUUUUUUAAAAAAAAAAAUUAACCCCCCUCCGUGAGUGAACAAAAUUUUUUUGUUCACUCACGGAGGGGGGAGUAAGUAGAUAUGAUCUUCAAAUGUAUUUUGAAAUUCUUGAAAUAUCAGGACUGCAUAACUUAGAUGUGAUUUUUGAAAAAAUGCAAAAAUCACAGAUAAAUGAGGAGUUUUUGGAAUGCAUAGGAAUUGAGAAACCGGGGCAUAGAAUGAGAUUGCUGAUGGCUUUCGAAGAAAAUACAAAUGGUAAUAUUCAAGAUAAAGAAUUGAGCCAAGGAGAAUAUGUGAGUAUGGAGGAGUGAUUGAGCAGAAUCAAACUUGCUUGUUUAAUAGAAAAUUUUGAGAGAGCUGGCUAUGAUGAUUAUAGGUUUCUUAUCAAACAGAUGAGAUCUGAGCAUCCUCUGGGACACAAUGAGCUUGAAAAUAUUGGAAUUCAUAAAUAUGGAUAUAGGGUAAGGAUCCUUGGAAAACUCUAUGAAGAAAUCGAGCAGCAUAAUGAGUCCUUUGCCACAGAGUGCACCAAAAUCAUUUGCAGUAGCUCUUGCAGCGUAAUGUAA